AUGGGACCCGCGCAGAUACCACGUUCUCUACAGUCUUUCUUUGCGUCGAAUCUGCUGCCCAAAUACAGCCAACUCAGGCAGAACAGUGCAAGGGCAGUGGUGGCCUGGCGGCCGUCGGGCCCUGAACAAGAUGUAAAAGUACCCCGCUUCUCGUUGUUGGUUCGGCUUAAAGAGUCGGGGUUUUCGCCGACACGCUCAAGCGCAUUUCUGUGUGCAGAUUCAAAUGGAGCGACGCAGCCGUCACACCCCUUUGCAGCAGCCGUCCAGACAUUUGGAAAGCAGCAGUGGACGGAUUACACCAAAUCGCGGUGUAUUUCUGCGUUUGCGUCGUCUACCUUCUCCGGACUCAGCCGACUACGCAACCCAGAAGUAUUCAACAGCAAUGCGUUGCACAAUACCAGUAAAAGCGGUGCCGGUUUCCCCAGGACGAUUGAUUCUUUCUUGGCAAGGCGGUGCUUCACGACGUCUUCCUCAGUCCCGGAUUACUACGCAAUAUUGGGGGUCAAAAGAAAUGCCACUCAAGAUGAAGUGAAAAAGGCGUACAGACAGACGGCGCUCAAGUGGCACCCAGACAGGAACCCGAACAACAGAGAAGAAGCGGGUAGGAAGUUUCGUGAUGCAAGCGAGGCCUAUCAAACAUUAUCAGAUCCCACGAAGCGAGCGCAGUACGAUGCCUCUCUUGAUGGCGCUUCUUCAUCAUCACGCCAAGCAGGCGGUUACUCGGCCUACUCCGACCCUUUUGCUUCCAGAGCGCGAGCUGACAGAGGCGGUUUCCAUUUUGGAAACCUCACACCGGAAGAGGCCGAGCUUUUGUUUCGCCGGGCAUUUGGGGGUGUCUCUCUAGAAGAAAUUUUGCAACAGGCGCUCAACCAGCAAAGUGCUGCCCGUUGGGCAAGAGGAAUGCCGUUCCAGCGGCAUGAUAUGUUUGAACAUAGAAUGGGAUCACGGCCGUCUACGAGCUUUCUGGACGACCAUGAGAUCUAUGAAAUUCUAAGAGGCCUGUCGGGAUCAAGGCCGGAACUCGGCACCCAAGUCAGUUACUUCACACGGGGAGGAAGGAUAAUUGAGAGAAGAACAACAACUCGACGCUUCCCGGGAGGGGGUAUUCAAACUGAAACAACAGAACGCGAUGUUGGACCAGAUACGGGUUCUGGCAACCCCAGGGAUACAAGAAGUGGUUCUAGGUCACAGCAAAAUUUCGGUUCAUCACGUGAUUGGAUGCGCAUGCCUCCGGAAAACAGAUCUGCAAACAGACAAGGACUGGAGGUUGCCACCCCGUUGCAGCAAUUCGUAUUUAUAGCGCGUGAAUAUGCCAAGAUGGCCUGGACGCUCAUCAAAAUCUCUGCUCUACGUGCCUUCGCACGGGCAGUUGUUCGAUUCGUGACAAACUUACUGACGCGCCGCCGGUAG